UUAGGCGAUGACGUCAUAACAUGGCGGAUCUGUGGUGUGUUGACCAUAUGGGAUACUCGUUUGGUCAAGGUUUCUGUGUUUUCACGGUUUCAAGGUGUGUUGUGUUAGUGUGAUUCAGUCUCUAGUUAUCCACCGUCAGUGAUUAGACUGAGAGUCCGAGGAGAGAGAGCUCACAGCGGGCUGGAAGACUCCACAGAGCCGGAAGAUCACCAGAGAGGAGCAGAGGGGAUGGAGGUAGACUGCCAGCCCGAGGAGUCCAUCGUCUCUUCGUAUGACGAGGACUGCGUUGUGCUUGGUGACGUCAAGGACAUGAGAUUGGAGGCAGAAGCAGUGGUCAAUGACGUACUUUUUGCCGUCAUCGAAAUGCAUGUGUCACAAAGUCUCAACAGCGCGUCAGAUGUGGCCCACAUAAACGUGGAAACAAGAGAGGGAAACCGGUAUUGUUUGGAGCUCACAGAGGCAGGACUAAGGGUGGUGGGCUAUGCCUUCAAUGAAGUGGACGAGGAUUCGAACACCCAGUAUCACGAGACUGUUUACUCGCUUCUGGACACUCUGAGUCCGGGUUACAGAGAAGCCUUUGGGAACGCUUUGCUCCAGCGGCUGGAGAGGCUGAAGCAAAACGGACAAUAAAAAAGGACCAACAUGCUGCAUAAGUUGUUCAAGUUGAAUAGAGGUUGAUGAUGUGGGAGUAUUUGGAUAUAUGAGCCAAUAAUAACCAAGUCUGGUCAAAUAUUAUAGCCUAUCAUGUGACAUCUACCUGCCUAGCUACCACUACAAUAAGUAGAUACUCUGCCCUAUCAACUCAGCUUUGUUCAGACUUUCAUACCAUUGAAUGACUUCAUGUUAGUUACUUGGCUGUAUCGGCUGUAUGGGCUCUGUUGCAACAUUGUGUUGUUGACUUUACUGUGGAAAGAUCUUCCAGCUUGCACCAUACAAAUGUGUAACUGCUCACAACAUUUGAGAAAACCUUUUUUGUACUCAUCAAAAUGAUCCGAGAAAGAAGAAGCAGCAGGUUAUAUGAAUUAUGGAUCCCGUUUCCUCCUCUGCCCUGCCUGCACUAAAGCUGUGACCUGAUAUCUGCUCAAAUAUACCCAACUAGUUCCUAUUCUGCAGGUGUCUCAGUGAAAGAGCCAAAGCUGUAUUCUUUCACCUCAUACAUAUACUGCCUUAAUGACUUGACUUUUGGUUAGGAAAGUACAGAAAAUAACUCAUUGCUUACUUAUUUUGUAUUGAUAGAUUAAAGGGAUUUUGUGGGACUUUUCACAUGGAUAAUUAAGUUAGAAACAAUUGAAACUUCUUGGAAAAGCUGGCACUGUGUACGAUACCAUUUAUCAAGUUAAUUGUGUUUGGAUUACUUUUUUUUUCUCCAUACCGCAUUGCAACUCAAGCUUAUGCUGUAAAAGUAAAGAAACAGUCCUUGUGGAGGUUUAAAUACAGUAUAUAUUUUUGAUGUGGUCUUACCUUCAAACUUUUGGUUAAUUUUGUCAGAAUGAACAGCAUUUUUUUUUCAUUCACUGAACACCUCUAAAGCUGCUUUAAAAUCUAGGUUUGUUGUACAUGUGUGACCUGUUUAUGAUUCUACAUCAGUGUUAUGAAAUCUAUUUUAAGGAAACAUGUUCCCUUUGCAUUCAUAUGGUUAUUCCUUGCUGCUGGCCUUUGCUGACCAAUAAAUUCUCAGAAUUACACCAGUCUUCAUUUUUUCCCUCAUGAAACAAUCUACAAAUGUGUGACAGUAGGCAAACCCAGGCUGAAACAAAGAAAGUUAAUUUCCUCACCACUGCUCAGUCAGUUACUGCAUCGUCAAGUGCUGAUUUGGGGGAAAUUGAUUGCAGCCUGUGAACACCUACACACGUGUUUUCAGUUAUUCUGGCUGAUAAAACCUCUGCUCAGGUUUAAAUUAGGUGGAGUUAUGAAGUCAUAUCUUAAUCUACCCAUAAGAAUGAUAAAAGGAGUAAUUUAUCCUGCCCUAAAGUGCAACAAAGCUUGGGAAGAUGUCAAUUACAGUCCAUAGACACACACAGGUCAAAUCAACCAGAUUAACUGAAAACACCUGUGUGUGUUCAGAGGCUUUAAAGUUUGCCUGCAAGAUUCAGAGUGCAUCAACAAGUGUGAUAAGUAUGUGGAAUAAGUUGAAAAUUGCCUUUUUAAGCAUACAUUUUACAAAAAAAAUAUAUAUAUCCUAAAAUUUAAUGUCAGUUCAUAUCAGAUUCACAUAAUGCAACUUUGUUACAGAUUAGAUUUCUUUAUUAUAAUUUAUUUCCACUUACAAUAUCCAAUUUCAUAUGUCUAUUAGUACAAGAUCAGUAAGAAAUGUUACAAAAGUUUUAGCAAAGAAAAAGCACAGUGUGUACCUUUUCAGACUACACAGCAGCCAGUGAGACAAGACAUUUGCACUGCAGUGAAAUGUGGUUCAGGGUCAUUCACACAAACCUUAACCGCAUAGUUUCACAUCUCUUAAAAUCGACUGUUAGGAAGGUCAAGGUUUAUUCAUUUCAGCAGGAUUCAAGAUGUGCGAGUGCAGCAAAGUCUUGCAAACUAGUGGAAGAUGUACAUGUUAAAAAUCAAUUUGAUGAAUGAAUAAAAUGUGAUCUUAACUAGAGUCAUUUACAUUCUUCAGGUUUUUACUCAAAGCUGAAUCCCUUUUUUUUUCCCAA